AUGACCGAAACUCUGCCAGAACCCACCAACGUUAGCUCUGACGAGGAUACGAUCGGCCUUCCAGCAGGUGAAAAAACGACUCCAAACGAAGUAGAAGAUCUCAGCGAAGGCUGGAGAAAUCCAGGAUGGCUCAGUGUGAUAUCCCUGUUUCUGGUCAACUUUGCUGUAUUCGGCAUUGUCUUCACCUGGGGAAUUUUUCAAAAUGUUUAUCUUACCGAAGUGUUCCCUGGACAGACCGAUUCUUUCAGAAUAUCAUUUGUAGGCACUCUUUCAGCAACAUUCAUCGUCGGUGGUGGCAUUUUAGUCGCACCGUUGGUGCAAUAUAUAGGACAUCGAACCACCAUGCUCAUUGGCGGGUUUCUCUCUCCUCUCGGUCUCAUUAGUGCUAGCUUUGUAACAGCACCGUGGCAACUAUAUCUAAGUGAAGGUGUUCUUUUUGGCCUUGGUGGAUGUCUUCUUUAUAACCCUAGUGUAUAUCUGCCCGCCCAGUGGUUUAAAAAGAACAGAGCACUUGCCACAGGUCUUGGUGUCUGCGGUACUGGCAUAGGCGGUCUAGCGCUAUCACUGAUCACCGAGAAAUUAGUAGCUACUGUCGGAUUCCGUAUGACCUUAAGAUAUCUAGGUAUCAUUUGUUGGGUGCUUCUCAUGGUGGCCUGUGCUCUUGCGAGAAUCAGAUGGCCCGCGACUGGAUUGAAGAACUACCAAUGGAUCGAUACUUCUAUUCUCACAUUCGAUUUUGUCAUCUACAUGUUUUUCGGAGGAACCGUCAUCAUUUCUUAUGCCACGCCAUUUUUCUUGCUGCCACAAUACGCCGCAUCGAUCGGUGUUUCCUCAGCUGAUGCAUCUACUGUCAUUGGAGUAAUGUCAGCUUGUAACGCCGUUAGCCGAGUUCUCUUGGGAUACUUGGCCGAUCGAUUUGGACGCAUCAAUGCUAUGUUUUUGGUCACUUUCUUAGCUGGACUUUUCAUGAUGGUUGUGUGGAUUGAAGUUACAUCAAUUGGCACUCUUUACGCUAUCGGCGUCCUUUAUGGAUUGACAGGAGGUGGUUUUCUUGCAUUGAUACCAGCAGUAACAGCAGAAUUAGUGCCUGUUAAGAAUAUUUCUCAAGGAAUGAACUUCUUGUUUCUUUCCAUGGUCCCCGGAGGUCUCCUUGGUACUCCCAUUAGCGGUUUGUUAAGGGACCAAGCCGGAUUUACCGCGGCUAUUGAGUUUGCCGGUGCCACGACGGUCUUAUCAGCACUCAUUUUACUUGUCCUUCGACAACGACGUGCAAACAACAAGAUCUUCAUCAAAAUCUAGACCGCAGGCCGUUGUGAUAUUGAUUCUUUAGAAAUUUGACUUCGUUUAAAUAAGUUUGUAACCUAUGACAUUGUAUAUUAGAUGAUUUGAACAUACCUACUUUAUCGCUAGCACCAUUAUACUAUAGACAUCCCUGUGAUACAAUAAAGAUAAUUUGCCAUAUGGAAACAUUCGCACUCGAGGAAAUUAGAAACUAAAAAAUUCAUUAUGACCAGUUUACACCUCCAAACUGACGAC